AUGGCGUUUCUGUGGGCACUUGCCUGCCUGGCCCUUGCCAGCACCGUCUCAGGCUGCGGGGAGCCCGCCAUCAGCCCCUUGGUGCACUACAACGAGAAGAUCAUCAACGGGCAGACGGCGGUGCCUGGCUCAUGGCCCUGGCAGGUGUCCCUGCAGACCCGCUCAGGAAGCCACUUCUGCGGCGGCUCCUUGAUCAACGAGGAAUGGGUCGUCACAGCUGCUCACUGCCAAUUCAACCCCUACGCCCACGUCGUCGUCCUCGGGGAAUUUGACCUCACCUCCAGCGCAGAGUCCGUUCAAGUGAGGACCGUGGCCAGGGCCAUCACAAACCCCUACUGGGACCCCAAUACCCUCAACAACGACAUCACCCUGCUGAGGCUCUCCUCGCCCGCCCGGCUGGGAGCCCGCGUGUCCCCCAUCUGCCUGGCUCCCGCCAACCUGGCUCUGCCCGCCAACCUCCAGUGCGUCACCACUGGCUGGGGACGCGUCAACACCAACUCCCAAGCCAUGGCGGCGCGCCUGCAGCAGGUAGUCCUGCCCUUGAUCUCCCCGAGCCAGUGCAUGCAGUACUGGGGCAACCGGAUCACCAGCUCCAUGCUCUGUGCCGGUGGGGUCGGCGCCUCCUCCUGCCAGGGUGACUCUGGUGGACCUCUGGUAUAUCAGAGCGGGAAUGGCUGGACCUUGAUCGGCAUUGUCUCCUGGGGGAACAGCAACUGCAACGUCCGCACGCCCGCCAUCUACACCCGCGUAAGCCAGUUCCGAAACUGGAUCAACUACGUUAUAUCUCAGGGCUAG